AUGAGGUUGACAAAAGCAGGAAUCUUUUCAGUUUUUGAUUUUUGGUCGUCAACCGCAACCAUGAGGAACCGCGAUCAGCCCUUUUACCAGAUGAUCAUCCUUGCGAGAAUUGAGCAGUGUCAUGCAGCACCCGACUUACAUUAUGGAGGAGUUUGGAAGUUCCAUUCCGCUCAAUUUCAUGGUCGUCGUCUCCUCCCGGUCGCGACAGACUGUGGUUCAGCGCGCGCUCCCGAUCCGCAUGCAUCGAGGCGAGAUUCUAGCAUCAGUGCUGGAGACAGCAUCUGCAUUGGAAUGGAAGUCGACAGGAAUGCGUCGUGUGUGCUAGCCUGCGACGAGCUGAGUGUAGGUGUGGGUGUAGGUGUGGGUGUAGGUGUGGGUGUAGGUGUGGUCAAUUCGAGACUCGAGGUCGAAUGGAAGUGGACAAACGCGCACGGAUCAGCCGAGCCGGAUGCUGCCGAGCCAACCACAGCGGCCAGGGAUAGAACCACUCUACAGAUCGAGGCUGCACGUCUGACUUGGUCUAUGGCCAGCCUACCUAAUAUUGCCGAACGGUUGAUUACUCAGCCAUAUACCGUGUGGGGGAGAUUGCCUCGGGGAAGUGGAGAAAGGAGUAGCGACUUGGCUUUCACACUUGAUUACUUCCGUACACCUCCCUAUGCAGCACAGCCUCCCAUUCUUGGGAAUCGACGAGAUGGUCGACAUCCAGCCGGGCCACAGAAUAUCUACUCAAGCUCAUCAUCCUGCAAGAGCAACCCAGACCCUCCGGCGCCUUUGUUGCAGAGGAAUAUAUGGUCUUGUCUCACCGAAAGACUCCAAUCUUCCCCGAAACUUAGCUCUCACUCAAAAAAGCUGGACGAGCUCGGCACCAUUAUUGUAUGCUAUGGAGGGCGUCGAAGAGGAUACAUGGAGCUUGAUCAGAAGUUCCAAGGCUUGACGACCCUUCUCGAACCAUGCAUCAAGAGACUUGCUAUCACUCGAUCAAGGAGACUACACAACGGCCAAGAGACCUUAGCUUCUGCCAUCAAAGCUGCACAGUCGAGCACAUCGCACUAUCAAAAGCAGCAGCAUCAUCAGAAUCAAGGCUGCAACCAUAGCGCUGCACCGGAUGCAUGCGUUGUGCUUGGACUGCUCGUCUUCAUCGAGCGGAGUAGUGUCAUGGUGUACGGGCGAUUGCUACCUCGCCACGGACGAAGUGGGCGAGACCGUCGAGCAACAGGCUCGACCAUCAUCAUAGCUACUACCCUGGCGGCUGUUGAUGAGGUCUCUCUGCUCGCUGUUAUCAUCCCAAAUCUUCAUCUCUUUUUCGUCCAUUGCCUGAUCAUUGAUGACAUCCGCCUUCUCAGCGCCGAAAGCCAAUGUUUGUUGUGUCCCGCACGCUGCUUUCGAGCCAGACAUCCUCUUUCUCCGCAUUUUGCUUCUAUGAGCAUGAAAGGUGGUGCCAUGCUGGGGAGUAUCUGCCGAUUGAGCGAGGCUCUCUGGCAAUUGGCUUACGGUGGGCUGAGACACGAUGGGAGCACGAUCGCCACCUUCUCGGAUUGCGGGUUUCGGUGGCAUCGUUCAGGUGGCUGUAUCGACCCUCCGCCAGCAGUUACGCUGCGUUCGAUAAGUCGGGCAAGGCAAGCCAGCUUCCGCUUCAUUGAACCCAUGAAGUCAAGCUCACGACUAGCUGGUCAGCGAUGGCUCCUGGUGGUUCACGGCGCUACAAGAGCACAAUCGCCCCAUGUUCCUAUUCCAUACCAAACCUUGACGAUCAAGCUGUAUCUGUGCGAGAGAAGGGACUUGUACUCUGUUGGAAUCCACGGCCAUUUGUUCCUUCAAGGUACAAUUCCCACACAACCACCACCUGCGCGAAUCGUAAGAAUUGGUGAGGCUCUUCCGAUGGCUGUGUUGCUAGGCGGUAUGGACCGGGUCGGGCAAGACAAGUCGGCUUUUGUCUUCUUGAACAACGCCAAGCUCACGGCCAGCUCACAAUUAACCACUGUGCGGAUCGCCAAAAUCGAUGAGGCUCUUCCGAUGGCUGGUGUUGGUAGGCCGUAUGGACGGGGUCGGGAAAGACAACUCACGGCUAGCUCACAACUAAGCACUGUGCGGAGUGCCAAAAUCGAUGAGGCUCUUCCGAUGGCUAUGGCCAUCUUCCGCCAGCAUGUUGUAAUCGAUGAGUCCGGCAAGACUCGAAGCCCGCUUUCAUCAGCUCUUGCCUCCGAGUCGCUUUCAAAGGACAACCAGCACGAAGGAUUGAAAAGCUACAAAAAGCGACACAGCCACCAACAACGCUCUGGUGUGUUGAUGGUGUUCAUGCUUGAGGCUCGAACAUCGAAACCUCCCGAGGACAAAAGAGCUGCGACAGGAACACACUCUUCCACCUCUUCCAAAGGGACAGAAGAAUGGCAAAAAAGAAUGGAGCUGAUGCUCGGAGCUGAUGCUCAAAUGCCAAUAACCACUGCCACUGCCAACCGCCUGAGCCAAAGGACCAUAGCGGCCAUGAGAGCUUCUGCUCUUCUGAUUGAUGAAAGGGCCGGCUUUUUUGCGCUUAUGAACCUCAAACGCCUUGGGGUCCAAGCGCUGGAGUACUUUGGAUUCACCUUUGCUUUCCUCGACCUCGACACACGGUCUUCGAAUGGCUUUCGCUCGAGGUACUACUACAACGAAAAAGAUGAACAAUCUGCUUCUUUACUCGCAGGGCGCACUGCCAGAUAUCGCGUGGCUGAUCGGCCUUGGGAACGGGCACUACGACGGCAAUGCUGUACUUGGGAAAGCGGUCCCUCUGUCGCUACAUUGCAUAGCAUUUGGACCCCCCCGACAUCACAGCAGCAGCAUGCUGACAGCACAGAUGGCUUGAUCUUGGCCUAUCCGAUUCGUACCGACCGAGCGAUGAGCAACCGAUACUCUCAGCCGCCGACGCCUCAGCAUACCGUACGCCAUGAGGACAUUCGACCCGCGUCGCAAACAUGCCGACGGCGAGCAACAACGGCAGCGCCUGGCACGACCGAUUGUGAGACAUGGAAAACUAGCCAACAACAUAGGGAUCGCAAUAGCAUCUCCAAGACAGCCUGGCACGCACCGAUCGAGCGACGAGCAAUCGACUCCUGCAGUCGCCGAAAGCACACCAUCCCAUACAGCAGGAGAAUGAGAUACCUAGCCGCUCGUAGCACCACGCCAGAGCGCGUCAGCAGCGGCAAGUCGAACCAUCUUCAGCGACCAAACGCGUACAUCGUUUUCAUGGUCUGGCGCACGCCUGACAAGCGACUUAAGACUGAACGAACCACAUCCCGUGAGAAUGAUCGCCUCUUUGUACGUGCAAGUCUUUGGGAGCUCUCGUCAAAGCAGAUCGACAGCGAGCGCCAGAAAAAUACUGGCUUUGGGACCAUCCUCCGCUGGUGCUUCUGUCACGCCUUGAAGACCUCCGAUUACCGAAUUCAAUGCUCAAAGCCGCGGAGAGCGAGCUGCUACGACUCGGUCGACCAGCGAGAAUGGCUGUAUCGCCACAAUAGCGACGAGGAUACACUCGACGGCCUGGAAGAGCUCGCGAAGGUGGAAAUGAUGCUGAAGAUCCGGGGUGUGUCAGAUCUCUACAAAGCCGACAGUGUAGGACAAAGAGCACACUUGACAACGCUCAUUGAAGGCCCUCCAGACAUGAAUGCUUUGGCAAGGAUAAUGCAUUCCGACGCCUCUUUUGGCAAUGAGCCAUCACCCAGCAAGUUGCAACAUCAAGGCAGAAUGGCAGAUGUCUUCGCAGCUCCAUCCAUGAAAAUCCAAGCGGAGGAGGACAACCGAGCGGCGUUCUCGAGAUCAGAUCCUGCGAACGCGUGCGUCUCGAAAUAUCCAUCCAUACCAUUGGUAGCCUCCACCAGUGACUGUCACGGCCUCAUUGCCAACAGCACCACAGCAUAUGCCAUGAAAAGCCAACUGGAAAAAGGGAGAGAGCGGCGAACUGAAGUCAAAAGACAAUGGCUGAAGAGCAUGAUGCAGGUUAAGGAUAGUAGGCUGGGCUUGCUUGCACACCUUGUGGACCGCAGCCUUGGAUCGCGAAAGGCCCAACAGCUCAGUCGACGCCGUGGAAAAUUCUGCAUGAUCGAUGCCACAUAUCGCUCACAAGAAAGAGGAGUGCAAUACGAUUCCAAGACUGGGCUUGGCUGCGGCACCAAGACGUACAACUGGAAGUUCAAGUACUGA